AUGUACAGGAGUGCAUGCUUAAGAUUGUUAUCUUUGAAAUUUAUUAAAGAAAGUUCUCACCGCUGUGAACCUUACAAAUUGAUAAAUGAUGCCGUUAAGAAUGCAAGAACCCUGUCUUUAUCGGCUUUAAACUAUAAGAAAAGAAAAAGUCCUGAAGAGAGGGCAGUAGAAAACCAAGGACGCAGAGUCAUUAGAUAUGCACCAAAGGCAGGCACAGAAGUAGUGGGAAUCUGGAGAAAUAUGACGGUGCAGGAAAUCGCAGAUGUCCUUAAAAAAGAUGUGGAUCAUGUCUUCAAGGCCUUAGAAUUUGCUGACAAAGACUCCGAAGUGGUAUAUACACGAAACACAGUUAUCCACAACCCACAGAUAGUCAGAGAUGUGGUCAAGAUAUCAGGUUGCAGAUUCAAGAUUAUUGCCAAACCUGAAGAUAGAAUUGAAGAGGAGGAAAACAAAGAUGCAAUGCCUGCGCCACCCGCCCCUCCAGAGGCCCUUCGCCCUCGUCCCCCCGUCGUUUGCGUUAUGGGACAUGUGGACCAUGGGAAAACUACCCUCUUAGAUGCUCUGAGAGAUACUUCGGUGGUAGACACUGAAUUUGGUGGUAUCACACAACAUAUUGGUGCUUUUGAAGUUCAGCUGUCUUCGGGUGACAAGGUAACAUUCCUAGAUACACCUGGUCAUGCAGCGUUCAGUGCUAUGAGGUCUCGGGGUGCCCAAGCCACGGAUAUCGUGGUGUUGGUGGUGGCCGCUGAUGACGGUGUUAUGGAGCAGACGGUUCAGUCUAUACGCAUGGCUAGAGCGGCUAAUGUUCCAAUAUUGGUGGCCAUCAACAAAGUGGAUAAGCCAGGUGUAAACAUUGAGCGUACAAUGAAAUCCCUAGCGCAACACGGCGUCGUCUGUGAGGCUUUAGGAGGUGAUGUCCAGGCGAUAGCCGUGUCCGCUCUGAAGAAACUUCACUUGGAUACGCUGGUAGAAGCCCUGACGCUACAAGCGCAGUUAAUGGACCUACGUGCUGACCCUGGAGACUACGUGGAAGGUGUUGUGAUUGAAAGCCAAGUGGAUCCAAGAACUGGGAAACAAGCAACCGUGUUAGUGCAGCGUGGUACAUUACGACGGGGCUGUGUGAUUGUCGCUGGCACUGGGUGGGGAGAAAGUAAGGUUCGAAUGCUCAAAACUGCUGAAGGUGGCUCUGUAGAAGAAGCCGGUCCGUCAGCCCCCGUAUCUGUUCUGGGAUGGCGCGAAUUGCCCGCUGCAGGAGACCUUGUACUAGAAGUACCGUCAGAGAAAAGAGCUAACGAAGUGAUGCGCUGGCGUCACAGCCAGCGCAUGAAGGAGAAGCAGGCUGAGGACCUGGAAGUCAUCACGGCGAAGGAAGCGGAGCACAAAGCGGUCUACAAGCAGCAGCUGCAGCAGAAGCGAGCAAUCGGUCGCUUCCGGGUGAAGCCGAAGGGACCGCGCGACAAGAUGAUACAGCACGACGACCAUCCCACGCUCAGUGUCAUCGUCAAAGGUGACGUGGACGGCUCCGUGGAGGCAAUUCUAGACAUUUUGGAGACGUAUGAUGAACAUCAAACCGUGCGAUUGGACCUCGUCCACUUUGGAGUGGGACAAGUUACUCACAACGACCUGGAGAUAGCGCAAGCGUUCAACGCGGAGGAAGAACUCAUUGGUGAAGCGAAGGUCCUCCAGCAAUUCCUGGUCUCGGAAGGCAGAAAGAAGGUGCCAGUGGCCGGGUGUCGUUGCACCAAAGGGACGUUGCAGAGACAAGCGUUAUACAAAGUUAUACGGAAUGACCAAGUCGUUUACCAAGGCAAACUAGCAUCAAUGAAGCACUUAAAGGACGAAGUCGCAUCGAUAAAGAACGACACGGAGUGCGGCCUCCGCUUCGACGAUAUCAACUUUGCCGUAGAGCCGGGAGACGUUAUCGUCUGUUACAAACUCGUUGACGUCAAGCACACCACCCAAUGGGAUCCCGGGUUUUAG